CCACGCAGUAGCACCCAGCGUCAGCGCUGGCCGUCAAGCGCCGUCUUGGCAGCUGCGGGACAUCAUCCGCCGCCCCGCCUCCGGGUGGGAGGGGCCCUCGCGGCGAAGUGCCGCUGAUAGCGGAGCGAGCGCUCGCCCGGAGUCUUAGUCCGCCCGCCGAUCCAUUUCGUGCCUGGCAUCUAAGGUGCCGGGCGAGAGUGCGGAGACGUGCCCCCGCCGCAUCGUCUUAAAGACGCGCUUCUCGCAGCUCGCACCAAGCGCCAGCCCACCUCAUCAAGCCCCUCACCUCCUCAAACCUUCGCCCACAAUGCGCAUAGUAGCCGCCUCGCUGCUGCUGGCGCUGCAGCUAUCCCAUGCCGGCGCGUCGCCGCUGCUGGCGCUGCGCCAGGACAAUGCCACGGCCGUGCUGCCGUCGACGGCCAGCAUGGCGCCCGAGCCGACGGGCAGCACCGUCUCUUCCGCCGCUGCCACGGCGUCGGGCACCGUCUCGAGCUCGUCGGCCUCAGCCACACCUGUGCCCUCGGCGUCCGCCACGCCCGUCGUGCCCGAGACGACGGCGGCUUUCAACUGGACGGCCCGUGUGGAGACGUACAACGCGACGGCGUGGGAAGCGCAGCCCUAUGUCGCCAACGGCUACAUCGGCGCUCGUCUACCUGCUGCUGGCAUGGGCUACUCGGAGAACCUUCCUGCUGCAGAUGAUCCGGAGCAGGGCGGUCUGGGCUGGCCACUCUUCGGCCCGCGCACCACGGCCAACAUGCUCGCCGGCUUCUACUGCUACGUCCCAGUCGAUCAGCCUACGAUCGGCACCAACUACGAGCGCACGGACCACGAGACGGUCAUCAGCCGCCUGCCAAUCUGGACGGGCCUGUACGUGACGCUGAACGAGUCAACCUACUCAGCGCAAACGCCGGCCGAGGACAUUUCCGACUACGUGCAGACGUUCUCCUUCCGCAACGGCACCGUGCAGACAAACGUCACGUGGUCCGGUGCGCAGCUCUCCUACACGCUGCUCGCCCAUCGCAGACGGCCCAGCCUCGGCCUCGUGCGCCUCGACAUCUCGGGCCUGCCGCAGGACGCUGAGGUGACCAUCUCGGAUGUGCUCGACGGCCGGGGCGCCGCUCGCGUCGAGAACCAACAAGCAGGCGCCGUCAACGCCAGCGAGCUGCCCGCUGCGAUCUACUCGUCGCUCUCGCCGGUCCGCGUGCCGGAGGUGACGGCGUACGAGUUCAGCACGCUUGUGCAGGAGGGCUCGGACGGCAAUGCUACGCUCACAUCCGCUGAGCUGCCCGUCUCGGUCAGCGCCAUCAUCGGCGCCGAGUCAAGCUCCACGAGCACCGCGUCGUACACGCUGCGUGCCGUCAACGGCAGUAUCUCGGUCUGGAAGGCAGUGGGCAUUGCCUCGCACGAUGCCUUCGACGACCCGCGGGCUCAGGCUCUCAGUGCCGCCAGCCAGGCACGCGAGGCUGGCUGGGACGCGCUCGUGGCGGAGCACAGUGCCGAGUGGGAGACCAUCUGGAACGAGGGCGGCGACAUUGAGAUCCACCAGCAGUCGCAGGAGGGCGAGGACUUGCAGCGUGUGGCCCGUGCCUCUCUCUUCCACCUGCUUGCAAACGUGCGCGAGGGCUCCGAAGGACGCGGUCUUGGCGACAACGGCAUCGCACCGGCCGGUCUCACCAGUGACGCGUACGCUGGCAGCAUCUUCUGGGAUGACCAAACGUACAUGAUUCCGAGCUUGAUGACGCUAUUCCCCGCGUUUUCCGAGUCGUCUCUGCUGUUCCGGCAGAGGAACUUCACACAGCUGGAGCGCAAUGCGCAGCAGUACAACCGUGAGGGCAUCCUGUAUCCCUGGAUCACAGGCCGCAACCCGGCCUGCACCGGCAUCGGCCCGUGCUACGACUACGAGUACCACUACAACAACGGCGUUGUCCUCGCGUACUGGCAGUACUACCAGAGCACCGGCAACCGCACGUUCCUCGAGCAGCUGGCGUGGCCCAUCAUCGGCAACGUGUCCGAGUUCUUCGCGUCGCAGGUCUCCUUCGUCAACGGCUCGUACACUCUGCUAAACGUCACGGCGCCCGAUGAGUUUGCUAACCAGGUCAACAGCGAAGCCUUCACCAAUGCGGGCACAGCACGGACCUUCGAGAUUGCCCUGGAAGCGUCCAGCAUCCUGAACUACUCUGUGCCGAGCAACUGGUCGGAGAUCGCGCAGAACAUGGCCGUGAUCAAGACCGAGACGCCGUCCAAUGACACGCUCGUCGUCGAGUUCGCAGAGUUCAAUCAGACAGUCGUAAUCAAGCAGGCGGACGUGGCUCUCCUGACCUACCCGCUGGAGGUAUCGCGCGACGUCCAGCCUGACCCGCUGGCAGACCUCGAGUACUACGCCGGCAAGACGAGCGCUGCCGGCCCGGCGAUGACGUACUCCAUCUACGGCAUCGUCGCCUCCGCCGUCUCCGAGAGCGGCUGCGAGGCCUACACGCGAACGGAACAGGGCUGGCAGCCGUACGUCCGGACCUACACCCAAUUCAGCGAGCAGCAGCAGGACGUGUACACCGAGGCCUCGCCCUUUAAUCCGAGCUACACCUUCCUUACGGGCCACGGCGGCUUCCUGCAGAGCUUCACGCACGGCCUGACGGGCUACCGCACGCGCACCAACACCUUCUACCUCGACCCCAGCCUCUUCCCGCAGCUCAGCGACGGCAUCACCGUGCGCGGCAUGCACUGGCACGGCGCACGCCUCGACGUCAGCGUCGGCGGCUCCAACUCGUCGGUCACGCACGUCAACGGCACCGAGCCCAUCACCGUGCAGCUCGCCGAGCGCAACCCGCUGGCGGGCAACUACACGCUGGCGCCCGGCGAGACGCUCACCUUCCCGACGCGCCGCACGGAUGCCACGCUCACGUCGCCCGGCAACCUUGCCCAGUGCAAGAACGCCACGUCCGAGCAGGAGUUUGUCAAGGGCCAGUUCCCGUACGGCGCCAUCGACGGCUCGAACGCGACGCUCUGGUCGCCGCUCAACGCGUCUACGCCCUCGACGCUGCUCAUCGACCUCGGCGAGCCGUACAACAUCAGCUCAUUGCACGUGAACUGGGGCCAGUAUCCUGCAGAGACGCUCAGCAUCCGCACCGGCCUCACGGCUGGCGGCGAGCUGACCGAGGCGGCCGCAAGCAUGCCGGUCAACGUCAGCAGUGCCUUCGACGCCGCCAACGCGCUCGUCAUUGACCUGGCCGAGGGCAACCAGACGGACGUGACGCUGGCCAGCACGACGGCGGCACGCUUCGUCGCUCUCGAGAUCCAGGGCUGCGCCACGGAGGGCCAGCUGCCGACGAUUGCCGAGGCCAUCGUGCGCUGAGCGCGCGCGCGACGCUACUCCGCGCCCUGCCUCCGAAGUCUCCAGCGCUCCAGAUGCUCCUUGCUACGCUACGCCCAUUCUCCUGCGCAUCUUACGCGCCGACUCCACUCACAUGAAAUCGUAAUCACUCCAUACUGCUGUC